AAACAAAAUUUAGGAAAUAUCCUAAUUUUUUUGGAUAAAAUCCGGGAACCAAUAAAAACUUUAUAUCUGCAUGCUAAAAUGUACAGCUAUUUAACUUCAUAGCAUGAUAAUUACUUUAAUGCACGUUUAUUAUGAAAUUCACGAUGAAGUGAGUAAGAAUUACAAAUGUGCCCAGCCCAAAAUGCAUCACAUAUGUUUUACAGCCAUGUGUUAAAAAUCCCAUGAAAAGUUUUGAAACUUCAUGAGUUACACAGGAUUUUAUUUUUUCAAAUUGAAAUAAUAUAGCAAUGAGUUUAGGGCCAACACCACAGUUCCAGCCGGAGAACUUUGUUGGAGUCCCUUGGAGUCCCUUGGAGUCCCUUGGAGUCCCUUGGAGUCCCUGGCAACAACCCCGGAUGAAUUCAAUUAUUUAUCUACUCCUUUUCAUAAGAAUUUUGUUGUUGUUGCGGAAAUACAUAUUUAUUUUAUAUUUAUUUAAUAUUAUUGAUUCAAUUGGGAUCAUAACACAUAUGGUCAUGUGUAUAAAUUUACAAAUCUUAUAUACUUCUCCCUAGUUGUGGAUUAGUCUUUGAUCUGAAUAGAGUACCUCGAGUAUUAUGAAUAUCAUAAAGGAUAAAGUUCUAUACUCUCCACUAGGUCCAAAGGCCAAACCUCCAAAUAAAAGCUUUAUAGAUAGAGUUCUAUCGCAUGUAAAGCACGAACUAAAAGAAACUGGAGAUAGGGACUGGUUGGUGGAUACUGAAACCGAGCUUACCAUAUCAAUCUCCCAAAUUGAACCAACAAGUAGAAGGGUUGCCGCUGCUUUAUACAGCCAUGGGUUUAGAGCUGAUGAUGUGCUGCAGAUGGGAUAUUCAUCAUGCCUUGACUUUUACUGGCCUGUGUUUGGAGCAUGGUUGUGCGGUGGAGUAGCAAGCAUGGGAGAUCCUAACCUAGAGGAAAUGGCAAUCAAACAACAAAUUCUGGAUACCAGAGCAAAAGUAGUAGUGUGCAGCAAACAGUACCUUGACAAGUAUGUUAAAGUACUGCUGGAGUUGCGAAAAGAAGAAUGUAAUCUAAAACUAUUUGUUCUGGAUGCUGGCAAAGAGGUCAUUCUUCCUGAUGGAGUUGAACACUUCCAGAAUCUUCUGGAGUUUAAAGAAAAUAAUGAUUUUGUUGGUCUACAUAGUUAUGAUCCAAACAGUGAAGCACUUAUAAUCUGGAGUAGUGGAUCUACAGGAGUGCCGAAAGGUAUAGUUUUCUCUCAGUUAGGACUGAACAACAUAUCCCUUGGUAAACAGUACCAACCCAAGAAGAUUCUACUUUCUUUGAUUAUGUUUCACAUUGGAGGAUUCAGUGUAAGUGUGUUACUUAGCAUUUUCGAGGGUGCCGUCUGUUACUUUAUCAAAAAAGAAUGCUUCUCAGAGGAAGUUUGGUUUAAAUCUGUCGACAAAUUUCAGCUGGAGCAUGCAUUUUGCGGAAUAAGUCAGUACACUAGACUAAGCAAUGUAAAGAUCGAUGUAAAACCCUUGGAUGGAUUAAAAGUAAUAACUCCUCUUGGAGGCUCGGUUACUUCUCAGGGCACAUUGAAUCUGCUAAAUCUAGUGGGACAUCAUGUGUCAAUAAUAGAGAUGUAUGGCAGCUCUGAGGUCACUUUUAUUUCCUCAUAUUCAAACAAAGAGUUUAAAUCUUGUGUACUUGGAGUCUUGGACCCUGGAGUUCAAAUGUAUUUUGAGGACAUGGAGACAGGAGUUAAAUUAGAACCUGGUAAGGAGGGCAAGAUCAUGAUUAAAAAUGAGAGUAUGAUGUUAUACUAUCUUAAUCGAGAAAAGGAAACAAAGGAAUUCUAUAGUUCUGAUGGAUUUGGAUACAUGGGAGAUGUAGGGUACUAUGAUGCAACAGGAGCUAUAUAUUACAGCUAUAGAAUGAGAGAGGUUCUCAAGGUUUCGGGUUGCUGGUUUGGACCUGCUGAGAUUGAAAAUGUCCUUGAAAAAGUUAAUGAAAUCGAUGAGGCAUUUGUUUGGGGUGAUUAUGAUCCAAAUACUGGAAAUGAUAAGGUCAAUGUCGGAAUUGUCCUACGGAAAGGUAUAGUUGAGUGGACAGCUACAAAUAUCAAGAAAUAUGUUGAAGAUAAUUUACCUGAGUCAAGGCACAUUACCGGCAAGCUCUAUAUUGUUGAAUCUCUGCCCCAUAAUCCAGCAGGGAAGAAACUCAGAGGAGAAAUGAGAAAAUUUGUGGAAAACAUAGAAUGCAAUUAAAUUCAUUAGACCACUUGAGCUUUACUAGGGUCUAAGCAGACGCAAAGACUGGAUUUUACUUGGGUUUAAGCUUUUAAAAUUUAAUUUUAGUUAAAUAUUUGCAUUAUCCAGUCGGUGCACACAUGCACAUUUACUCCUGACUGUCAUUCAACAUUCUCAUUGUAGCACCAGUCAGAUGGGAGUGUAUGUACAUUGCAUGUCUAGCCGGUAUCUCCAAUUAAGUAUAUUUAAAACAGUGUAGUGUAAUCAAUUACCAGCCGGUCUAGUAUACCCAGUUUAUAGUGAACUCAGCAAAUUGCAUAAUUGCAUUUGUAAAAUAUAUGUUUUUUAAAUAUACAUUUUUGCAUAUCUCAAAA